AUGAUGUUAGAAGAUUUAGAACCAUAUAUCAUUGAAAACAUAAUUAUCCCUGGUGAUUUUAAUGCAUCCAUAAAAGAAUGGGGUAGUGAGUCAUCAGAUAAAAGAGAUACCGGUAAAACAGUAUUGACAAAAGAAAACGAAAUUAGUGAUGACCUCUAUCGUUAUUAUUCGGAACAGUUUAAAGCACAAAAUGCGGAUAUGUCCGAUGCCCAUGAAAAUCAAAUUGAAACAGAGUAUCUAGAAUUGAUUAAUAAACUUUCGAUAUUAAAUGAAAAGAUUGAAAAGGCGAAUUUUACAAAAAUAAAAAAGCACAUUUUAAAGUUGAAACAGAAAAAAUCAUCUGGUUUCGAUGCAGUGUCUAACUUUAUAAUCAUAAGAAUUCCACCUGGUUAUAUUAGUUGUUUAGUAAAUUGUUUUAAUACUUGGCUAAAUGAACGCAGAUAUCCCGAUAUGUGGAAGUUAACUAAAGUAGUUACACUGAAUAAAUUAAAAGCAGUAAUACCUCGUUGCGAUCAGACUCGGUCAAUUUUACUUUUAGCAACACAUUCAAAAUUAUUUGAAAGAAUUAUGCUAGAAAGACUGAGAUACUGGGCAGAAAGUAAUAGACUAGGGCCAGCUGAGAAGUCGGGAUUUCGUUCAGGUUAUUUAUUCCAGACGAGAGUCCUAUCUAUAUUUCAAGAGGUUAAAAACAAUAUGACUGCAAAUAUUCCAACACCAGCAGUCUACGUUGACUAUCAAAAGGCAUACGAUAAAGUAUGGCAUAAAGGUCUUGUUGUUAAACGCAAUAGAAUGACUAUACCCUUAGGACUAUUGAAGUUAAUUAUUUCGUGGUUAAAUGAUCGCCGAGUGUAUGUUAAAUUUGGAGAGAAUAAAUCGAAAAUAUUUUACACUCACAUUUGUUUGCCUCAAGGCAGCAGUUCAAGUUCCUAUCUUUUCAUUGCCUAUCAUAGUGAUCUUGUUACAUGUUUAGGUGCUUUUUCAAGCCAUAUUUUUGCUGACGAUCUCAACGUAAUAAUAUCCCCACCUAUAUAUCGAUGA